CACCCGGACAGCAACAUAUUAACCUCCAUUGCCAUAUAACACUUACUAUCCGACACCUUUUCUAUACAUACUAUCCCCAUUUUAACUUGAUAUUGGUAUUAUUUCAAGUACACUAUAUCCCGUCACCUAUUUUAAAAAAGAUGAAGAUCGAAGGCAGAACAUUUGUCGUCUCAGGCGGAGCAUCCGGCCUGGGACAAGCCGCCGUGCAAGAAAUCUGCCGCAACGGAGGGAACGUCGCCAUUCUCGAUCUGAACGAACAUCUCGGCGCCGAACUCGUCAAGCAGCUACCCCAGGGCGCUGCUAAGUUCUUUGUCUGUGAUGUCACAGAAACCGAGAGCAUCACGGCUGCUGUCGCCGGUGUCGUAGAAUGGAUCAGGGAAACUACAAAACCUAUGGGUGGCAUCAUACCAGCUGCCGGCGUGGGAAAUCCGUCUACGAUACUGGACAAGCAUGGCGACGCCUUUAGCCUGGAUAGUUUUGACUUUGUAGUUAAUAUUAACCUACGUGGUACUGUCGACCUAGUGCGGCAAUGCCUCGUUCAUCUAGCCAAGACUGAGCCGGUUAGUGACGACCAGGAGCGUGGCGUCGUCAUCAUGGUGGCGUCCGUGGCGGCGUUUGAUGGGCAAAAGGGGCAGGUAGCAUACGCAGCAAGCAAAGGUGCCGUGGCUUCCAUGACGCUGCCAAUGACGAGGGAUCUCGCUCGAUAUGGCAUUCGCUGUGUGACUGUGGCCCCGGGCAUCUUCGAGUCGAGGAUGACGGCCGUGUUGCCUAAGAAACUCUUUGAAGGGCUAGCAGCCGCCAUGGAGUUUCCCCGCAGAGCAGGUAAGCCCGCGGAAUUUGCACAACUUGUCAAACAGAUCAUUGAGAACUCCAUGCUUAACGGAACUGUUAUUCGGCUGGAUGGUGGUCUAAGGAUGCCCAGCAAAAUCUGACCCCAACCUCAACCUUCAUCUGAAUUGACUGAACUCCUACCAUGUCAGAAGAAUGUCAUACCCUACCCGUGCCAGCUAUCAAUCUCAAAUAAACAACGUGUAUCAAAGAACUGAAGACCCUCCCGU